AUGGACGACAGCCUCUACGACGAAUUCGGCAACUACAUCGGCCCGGAGCUCGCCGACUCCGACUCCGAUUACUCCGACGCCGCCGCCUCCCCGUCCCCCUCUGCGUCCCGCUCGCCCUCCCCCUCCGCGCGCUCCCCGUCGGGAUCCCCCUCCCGCCCCGUGGCCCUCAUGGACGUGGACGACGACGGCGACGCCGACCCGUCCCAGCAGGCCGUGGUGCUCGCCGAGGACAAGAAGUACUACCCCACCGCGGAGGAGGUGUACGGCCCGGGCGUGGAGGCGCUCGUCAUGGACGAGGACGAGCAGCCGCUCGAGAUGCCCAUCGUCGUGCCGCCCCGCGUCGUGAAGUUCGAGGUCGGCACCCGCGCCGGGGCCACAUCCACCUACGCCUCCACCGACUUCCUCCUCGGCCUCGCGGGCAACCCUGCGCUGGUGCGCAACGUGGCCCUCGUCGGUCACCUGCAGCACGGGAAGACGGUGUUCAUGGACAUGCUCGUGGAGCAGACGCACGAGGUGGACACAUUCGACUCCGAGGGGGAGCGGCACGUUCGGUUCACGGACACCCGGGUGGACGAACAGGAGCGGCAGGUCUCCAUCAAGGCUGUGCCGAUGUCUCUCGUGCUCGAAGGGGGAAAUGGCAAGUCAUACCUGUGCAAUAUCAUGGACACGCCUGGUCAUGUCAAUUUCUCCGAUGAGAUGACUGCUGCACUGCGGCUUGCGGAUGGGGCUGUGCUUGUUGUUGAUGCUGCCGAGGGUGUUAUGGUAAUGUACCGAUUCUAUUGCUUUAUAUCUGUCUGUUUGCUAUAG